UCAAAGGGAUAUUUCACCCCCUAAACUUGUCAAAAGAUACAUAUAAUAAAAACGUAUCUGUUAUUUUGAUCUAAAGUACAAUAUAUUACAAAUUCAUGAAAAUCGGAGACGGACAUUUGUAUGGAUUUCCUUGUAAGUCAUGAACUACAAUGCUACACUCGACAGUGCAAUCACAGAAAGGAGUCAAACGUCAUGGCGACGAAUCCAUAAACGCGCCUGCGCCGAUGUGAAAAAAAAGCAAUGGAUGUUAUUUCCUCGCUAGUUCAAAAAAACCGCAUUUGGAGAACGCCCCAUGCAAUUUUUAUAAUUUUACUUCCUUUUGUUUGUCUCGAUACAGAAAGGGAACGCACCGCAGUUUGGAAUAUUUUGUGAAAACACACAUGACAAGAGUGAAAAAAUUUAGACGAUUUGCACGGUCUGUACUGCUGGCAGGCAGGAAAGUAUCUUGACGAUCAUAACAUUAUUCUUUUUCAACAAACGAAUAUAUUAUUUCCCUUCACAAUCUGGAAAAUCAAGACAAAACUUGCAAUUUCAAUAAUUUAACAUCCAAUUAUAUCAUAAUAAAGGUGUUAAAAGUACAUCUCCAAACCUUAUAUUUGAAUUACGAAUACCCCUCUCAUAUGUCAAUAUCGAUCAUCAAUAUUGAUCGUCAGUAUCGAUCGUCAAUAUCAAUCAUCAAUAUUGAUCAUCAUAAAUUAAAAUAGAUUAAGAUAAAUUAACCAUACAUACACACAUUCCACGUAUACAUGACCGCUAAACUAAUAAGUUGAGUAUCAUCCGUGUAUUGUAUUUGAGUAAACAAAAGCUCUAUAUCGAAAUUAUUUCCUAAUGAUUCUCAACAUAAUCUUUCCACUAAAUAAAACACGUUCACGCCAGCCCUACGCAAUAUAAGUAAUCACUUAAUGACAGAUGUACCACUUUUUAUCUCAGUUAUAAUUACGUAAAAUAUAAAAAGUAAAAUUAAUUGAUUACACAAUAAUAAUGAUAAUUUUAUCUUCUUUCAUCUUACGUUGCGAUAAGAAAAGGCUUGUCAUGCAUAUAAAUUUUAUACUCUCAUAGUAUAUACUUUUCGGUUACGUUUACAUACUUAUAUAUGUAAAAAUUACUCACAAUGAAAGAUUAGAAUAUCGUCAAUUAACUGUGUGCGGAACACGACCUUUGAUAGUUUAUUGCAAUAUGUUUUCCUUGCAAUAUGUCAAGUGUUAUCUUCAGGUUUCUUUUGUGGUGGAUAGAGACAGCUGAUAUGAGAAUAAAACUUCUAUUUGGCUGCUACUGGCAGCGAUAUUGCGCGAAUACGCUUGCGCCGUAUCGAAACAGAAAAGUCUGUAAUUGCUUAUAAAAAAUUACUAGCAGGAGAGGAUUUCUUUUUCACCGAAAACGUUUAGAUGGCUGAAAUUUCCUGCGUUUUGUUCGCGGUAAAUCGGCGAUACCCCAUGCAACAAUCAAAUCCUUUUCUUCCUCCGCCAUUCGGUCAUGAAAAACGCUUAAAUUGCUUCAACUGUCACUCACUUUCCGACGUUGUGUAUUUCCCAUUAUACCCCGCAAAAAAUCCAAGAGAAGAUUGGUCGGCGCAUUAAAUGAAUCACUGCGCGAGAGAAUAUGCGCAAGGAAAUACGAAAUUUGCUCGCUGAAGAUCCGCUCGCCAUUCGCGUCUCAACCAUCGUACAAAGAUGUAUCCAUUCGACAAUCGCAACUAUAAACUUAAUCAAACUUUUUUGAAGUUUCUCGGUCUGUGGCCUUACAAGAAAACCAAGUUUCAACGUUUACGCGCAAUCUGUUUCAAUGCAUUGCUCUUUUCUUACAUGAUAGUUCAGUUAACGCAAUUUACUAUCGUUGACUUUCACUUGGAUGUCGUUAUUCGGAUUCUCGGGGAAGCAUUCCCGGCUAUAAUUUACUUCAUAAAGUUUAAUCUCUUUUUCUACGAUGCCGAAAUGAUAAAACAGAUACUAGAGCGAAUAAUAAACGACUGGCGGAUAUUCACGGACAUACAGGAAAUUAAAAUAGUGGAACAUUAUGCUCGCCAAGGAAGACAGCUAAUGAUUUUUCUCAUAUCGUUCACGUCGGUGGCUGUGUUUGGUUACGCAACGAUGGUAAUGAUGCCGGACAUUCUCAAUUAUUACUUGCCGCUAAACGAGUCACGCAUACACUACUUGUCACCCGUGAACGAAUACUCUGGAUAUCAAAAUAUAUAUUUUUAUCCUCUUUUCUUGUAUAUUAUGGCAAGCGUCAUUAUCGGUAUGCUCACAUUGGUGGCCGUCGGUUCGAUGCUCAUGUCAAUUAUUUUACACAUCUGCGCGAUAUUCAAAAUCUCCAGUUACUGGAUGGAACACAUCGUAGAUAAGGAAAUAAUAGCGCGUUCCGAUAGACAAUACGUGAUAAUCGAGAGGAUCAUCAAGUCGGUGGAGCUUCAUCGAAAUGCGCAAAAGCUCAUCGAAAUGUUAAUGUCAAGUUACAUUGUGUUUUUGUCCAGUAUGACGUCGAUAGGGGUCAUUUCUUUAAGCUUAAACUUAUUUAGAGUAAGUGCAACUCUCUCUUCUUUGUCUCUGGUAAACAUCUUUCGUAUUUUAUCUGCAUCAUAACGUUAACGCACUACAAAAUCGCCGAAAGUCGCGU